UUCUCGUCGCGCCCGUCUGACUUCUGUUUUAGACUCCGAAGCCAGAAAAGAGAGCCGGAGGGAGAGAGAGAGGGGGAGCUUGAAGAAGAUUGCCAAACCCUAGAAUCGUUGAUUCUCAUGGAAAAUCUCUCUCAUUCUCGGCAUCCAAACAGGUCCGUACCCUCGCUCCCGAACUUCGGUUACGGCUCCGGCAAGGUGGCAACCGCCGCGUACGACGAGGUUUUCGGAGGUCCGCAGAGGUUUGGAGCCCCGACGCUCUCUCCUCGUCUUGAGGACUACUGCGAGAUCUUCGGCGGCUUCAACGGUGCCUCACGCGCCGCCGUCUCCUCGAUUCCGGUGCUCGAUCUUCCACUUGUCGAUGACAGAGAUGUCUACUUCGACGUCCGGAGCCCGGGUUUUGACUACCGUGAGGUUUUUGGAGGGUUUGACGACCUCGAUUUCGCGCCAUCGUACGAGGAACUGUUUGCGGAACGGUCUGAGGUUGGUGGUGGAGAUUCCUCCGACGAAGCUUGGACUCCUGAAGAAACGGGAUCUGUAUCGGCAGGGACAGAGCAUUCAAGCAAAAGCCCUUGCUUUUCCAAUGGAAGAGCUUCAUACGAGUCAAUCGAAGGCAGCACCGAGUUCAACAUCUCUUAUAACAAAGCCGGUCAGAUGAGCUACACAAAUCUGUCCAAUGGGGUGACGCAUGUAGCUGAUCCAGGCGUCAUUUCUGGCUGCACCUUUUCAGUUGAUGAAAUGGCAUAUGCCUAUCCAACAACAAAGCUCAAUAAGAAAACCGAGUCCUUUUUCUGCGGAGAUACGAGUGGAUUUGCAUUUGGAAACGAUGAGAGGAUCCAAAAACAUCGCAGCACAGUGGCGGCUUUUCCUAGUGAGACAUUUAUGACUGUUUCAGAUAUUAAUUUGAAGACUCAGCCGUCUGAAGUACCUCCUCCUUCAAGACCGCCUCCUAUAUUAAAGAGGGAUUCUAGUAGUUCGGCCUCUAAUGCAAGAACCACUGUGUCAGAAGGUUCUGUAGAUGAUAAUUCUCCUCGGUUCUUUGAUGUGGAGCUUGAUUCUAGUUCAGCUGCUCUGAGGGAAGCGAUUGGAAACGCUCAGGCAAGACUGAAAGGUGCAAAGGAGAUUUUGGAAAGGAAGAGGGAUGGGUCACGGAUAACAUUGAAGCCAAGCCCGGCAAAUGAAUCAAAGGGUGAGGAGGGGAAAUUUAGCCACGAUAACAUGGCGUUCCCUGCUGGUUCGCCCGAGUCUGAGAAAAAUAUUAAUGGGGCUAGAAAGUCCACAGAGGACAAGCAUGGGAAGAAGCCUCUUCCACUGCAAGGGUCUGCUAAAUUUGAUGGAAAUGGUGAAUGGAAAGAGGCUACACAAUUUUUUGAACUCGUGAGAACAGAAAAACCGAGAAAUGCUGAUGAGAGUAGUAGUGGAAACGAUAUUCGUUUGCAUCGCAAUGCGGAGUUGCCUGAGCAGAAGCAGAAAUGGGCAGCUAAGGGUGAUAUUGAGAAACUAAAGGGAAGGGAAACAAAAGUAGACAAGGGGAAACAAGAAGUUGAGAAAUCGCCAAAGAACUAUGGAACAAAAAAGGUAGCAUAUGGCCUUGAGAGUCACGAGAAGGAGAAGCUUGCAGAAAAGGAUCUUCAAGAGGCGAUGGAGGAGAAUUCAAGAAAUGUGCUGCUGCACAUCGAGGCCGAAAACAAGUUACUUGAUCAUGGUGGGUCAGAGAAGCACAAAAAUCUGGUAAGAUCUGAACGGGAAGGAAAUGUGCUCGUAGUUGACAAGUGUGCAAACAAAGAGAAAGAAUUGCAUUGUGAAGAAACUAAUAAUAAAUGCACAGAAAAUAAGGAAUUGGGCAGAAUUAAACCUCAUCCUCAGAAAGCAGUUGAAAGGAAACAUGAAUAUGUGUUUGAGUGGGAACAAAGUGCAAGAAAGCUCAGGGAGGCUCUCGGUCUAGCAGAUAACGAAAGCAUGUUAGCGGUGCCCCUGGAGCCAAAAGAAGAUGGUAAGAAACCGAGAGCUACUAAUGGGAUGGAUGAGAAUGAGAAGAAGUUGAAAGAGGCCUUGGAACGCAUAGAGAAUGAAAAUAAAAUGAAGGCGGCUCGUGAAAAAGAAGAGAAUGAGAGAAGAGUAAGAGAAGCUCUUGAGAAGGCAGAGAGUGAGAAAAGAUUGAAGGCAGCUUUGGAGCAAGAAGAGAAGGAAAGAACACUAAGAGAGGAACGUGAAAGAGAAGAGAAUGAGCGGAGAAUGAAGGAGAUUGAGAAGGCAAAACAAGAAAAGAGAAUGAAAGAGGAAGAAGAGAAGGAGCGGCAACAAAAAGAAGCUUUUGAAAAGGAAGAGAAAAACCGGAGAAUGAAAGAGGCUCGUGAGAGGGCAGAGCACGAAAGAAAACUUAAACUAGCUCAAGAGGAGAAAGAACGGGGGAUAAAAGAAGCCUGUGAAAAGGAAGAGAGUGAACGGAAACUAAAAGAGGCUCGUGAGAGGGCCGAGCUGGAGAGGAGACAGAAAGAAGCACUUGAACAAGAGCAGAAGGAAAGGCAAUUAAAAGAGGCUAUGGAGAAGGCAGAGAGUGAGAGGAGAUUGAAGGAGGCCCUUGAGCAAGCAGAGAAAGAAAGGAAGUUGAAAAAGGAACAAGAGGAGAAGAAGCUGAAAGAAGCUAUUGAACUGGAAGAGACAGAAAGAAAGCUGAGAGAAGAUCUCGAGAGGGCAGAGAUUGAUCGGAGACUGAAAGAGGCUCUUGAACAAGACGAGAUGAAGAGGAAACAGAGAGAGGCCGAGGAAAGAGAGGAAAGUGAAAAUGAAGAGAAACAACAUGAUGGUACAAGAGAGGACAUUAAGGAAAAACUGGAAGAGGCCAUAGAGAGAGACGGAAACAAUGGAAGUCAAAGAGAAGAUUGUGAAAGGGAGAAAACCUGUGAGAACCUUGGAGAAGUUACGCGAGAAGAUGAGGAAGAAGACAACCAUGAAACACCGAACGAGGUACCUGCAGAAGAAGAUGAAUCUGCGCAGGAGGAGACAAGGGACAUGUCUGGAAAAGCUUGUCCAUGGAAAGAUUUUGAGAAGAAUCUGAAAGAUGCUAGUCGAAAAGAGGGCUUGGAAGAGUCGAAUACAAAAGAUGGGUCAUCCGAGAGGAAUGCAGAACUGGGCAAAGGUGGAGGAGAUUACCAUCUCAAUGGGGAAAAUGUUGAAAAUACCAAAGCUGCAGCGGAAGAGGACAGGGUCAGAAACAUGGCCGAGGAUGGAAUUGGUCGUGAUCACAGAUCCAGAGCGUGCCCUGAUCUAGGAAUUACCGAAGGUAAGUUUGCUCGUCAAGACAAAAAACCAGAAAAACCUUUGCCCUCUCGAGUUGUCCGGGACUUUGUUGAUACCACGAUAAAGGAGGCUUUGCCUGUUAAACAUAACACGAGUCAGACCACAGGAAACAAGAGCAGGAAUCUGGACGAGAUACUUAUGAACCGGGAGAGAGAGAUCGAGAGAAUAAAGAGGGAAAGAGAGAGAGAAAAGGAUAGGAUGGGAUUUGAUCAGAGAGCAUUGGCCGAUGCCCGUGAAAGAUUGGAGAAGGCGUGUGCCGAGGCAAGAGAGAAGUCUACGGCCGAUAAGUUAUCAGCAGAGGCGAGGCUUAGAGCAGAACGGGCAGCAGUGGAUAGAGCAACUGCAGAAGCCCGUGAACGUGCAGCUGAAAAAGCUGCUAUCGAGGCAAGAGAGCGGAUGGAAAGAUCGGUUCCAGAUAAUAAUAAGCAAUUCCGGAGUUCAUCCUCCUUUAUUGGUUCAAGAUAUCAGAAUGCUCCUGCAUAUUCCGGUGCUGAUGUUGAAUCGCCUCAAAGGUAUAUCUCGAGGUUAGAAAGGCACCGCCGAACAGCUGACCGUGUGGCUAAAGCCUUGGAAGAGAAAAACAUGCGAGAUCUCGUGGCUCAGAGAGAGCAAGCAGAAAGAAACAGAUUAGCCGAAACAUUAGACGCGGAAGUAAAGAGGUGGUCGGGUGGAAAAGAAGGGAAUGUCCGAGCAUUGCUCUCAACGUUACAAUACAUACUCGGGCCCGAGAGCGGGUGGCAACCUAUACCAUUGACGGAAGUUAUAACUUCAGCGGCGGUGAAGAAAGCUUACAGAAAGGCGACGCUCUGUGUUCAUCCUGACAAAUUACAGCAAAGGGGAGCUAGUAUUCAGCAGAAGUAUAUAUGCGAAAAGGUUUUCGAUCUUCUCAAGGAAGCUUGGAACAGGUUCAACUCGGAAGAACGGUAGCUUGGAAUUUUUCACUGCAUUUUUUGUUAAAGGUUUUAAUCAAGGGUGACUCUUUUGAGUCCCCACUUCUCCCACUCAUCCACUCAUCUUGGGUUUAUUAUAAUUAUUAGUAAUUUGUAAAAUUCAUGGUGUAGUCAAAAGUAAAUAUCUACCAACCAUUGUUGUUAAGAUUUAUCCUCCAAUUGCAAAAUCUUCUUUGGCUUUGGCUUU